UCUCAAACCCAAAAACCUACUAAAAUCCUCUAUAAUACCAAGUACCAACCCUAUAUGAAUAUAGUUUUUUCACUCGUACUAUAAAUUUUAAUGCAUAGAUGAUAUUCAAGUCAUCUAUGUAUAGUUAGUUAUAUAUACAGAUAGAUGAUUUAAAGGGUAUUUUUUGAUUUUGAGUUCUUGGAGAGGGUAAAAAUGGAUAUAACAGUAGGCGGGGAGGAGCGGGCCAAAUCACUGAGCCGGCGGUCCAUGAGUAAGAGCGGUCGAAGGACGAGUUUUGGAUCAGCAAGUUCGAGGAGCUGGGCAUCAGCUAGUGUUAGGGAAGUGAUGUUUACUGCACCAGGAGGUGAUGUUUUUGGGAGAAGUGCAAGGGAAAAUGAUGAUGAACAAGAGCUUAAAUGGGCUGCUAUUGAGAGACUUCCUACUUAUGAUAGGCUCAGGAAAGGGAUUUUGAAACAAACAUUGGAUGAUGGAAAGAUUAAUUAUCAUGAAGUUGAUGUUGUCCAUCUUGGAUUACAAGAUAGGAAACAGAUAUUAGAAAGUAUUCUCAAAGUUGUUGAGGAAGAUAAUGAGAGGUUUCUUAGAAGACUCAGAGACAGGACUGAUAGGGUUGGAAUUGAGAUCCCAAAAAUCGAAGUUCGGUUUGAGCAUCUUUGUAUUGAUGGAGACACAUAUGUUGGAUCUAGAGCACUGCCUACUCUCUGGAAUGCUUCCAUCAAUUUUGUAGAGGGGUUUCUUGAAAGAAUCAAGAUUGUCCCUUCAAAGAAAAGGGUUGUCAACAUACUGCGCGAUGUCAAUGGAAUCGUCAGACCUUCGAGGAUGACGUUACUUCUGGGGCCUCCUGGUGCUGGAAAAACUACAUUGCUAAAAGCACUUGCUGGGGUGCCAGACAAGGACCAAAGAGUGAAUGGAAGAAUCAGUUACUGUGGUCAUGAACUAUCAGAGUUCAUCCCUCAAAGGACAUGUGCUUAUAUUAGCCAGCAUGACGUUCAUCAUGGAGAGAUGACAGUUAGAGAGACAUUGGAUUUUGCAGGACGUUGUUUAGGAGUUGGAACAAGAUAUGAACUCCUUACUGAAUUGUCAAGGCGUGAAAAGGAUGCAGGAAUCAAACCUGAUCCUGAGAUAGAUGCAUUUAUGAAAGCUACAGCUCUUGCAGGACAAGAAUCUAGUCUGGUCACAGACUACGUUCUUACGAUACUUGGGAUGGAUAUAUGUGCUGAUAUAAUGGUGGGUGAUGAAAUGAGAAGGGGUAUCUCUGGUGGACAGAAGAAGCGGCUCACAACAGGAGAAAUGUUGGUUGGCCCAGCUAAAGUUUUCUUCAUGGAUGAAAUAUCAACUGGCCUCGACAGUUCAACCACAUUUCAAAUUGUGAAAUACAUGAGGCAGAUGGUCCAUAUCAUGGAUGUAACCAUGAUAAUUUCUCUUCUUCAACCUGCACCAGAAACCUAUGAUCUUUUCGAUGACGUUAUAUUGCUUUCUGAGGGAAAAGUCGUCUACCAAGGUCCACGUGAGAAUGUCCUGGAGUUUUUCGAGAGUGUUGGAUUCAAAUGCCCAGAAAGGAAAGGAGUUGCUGACUUUCUGCAAGAGGUUACUUCUCUAAAGGACCAAGAACAGUAUUGGUUCAGAAAAAAUGAACCUUACCAAUAUGUUUCAGUGGCUGAAUUUGCAGAACGCUUUAGCAACUUUCAUGUUGGGCAACAACUUUUUGAUGACCUUGGAGUUCCUUAUGACAAAAGCAAAGCUCAUCCUGCUGCACUGGUUACUGAGAAGUAUGGCAUCUCCAACAUGGAACUCCUCAAGGCAUGCUUAUCGAGGGAAUGGCUCUUGAUGAAGCGGAAUUCCUUCUUAUACAUAUUUAAGACAUUCCAAAUCACUGUGAUGUCAAUAAUUGCCUUCACAGUAUUCUUUAGGACAGAGAUGAAAACUGGUCAAAUCGCAGAUGGAGGCAAAUUUUAUGGUGCCUUGUUUUUCAGCCUUAUCAAUAUAAUGUUUAAUGGUACAGCAGAGCUUGCACUUACCAUUUUCAGACUUCCUGUGUUCUUUAAACAGAGAGAUUCUUUGUUUUACCCAGCUUGGGCUUUUGCUCUUCCCAUAUGGCUCUUAAAAAUUCCCCUUUCUUUUAUGGAAUCACUGAUAUGGAUCGUACUUACUUAUUACACCAUUGGGUUUGCUCCUGAUGCAACUAGGUUUCUUCGCCAAUUCUUGGUAUUUUUUGCUCUGCAUCAGUCGGCUCUGUCUCUCUUCCGUUUUAUUGCUGCACUUGGAAGGACUCAAGUAGUUGCUAUCACUUUUGCAACAUUCACAAUACUGAUAGUCUUUGUGCUUGGUGGUUUCAUCAUUGCAAAAGAUGACCUGGAACCAUGGAUGAGAUGGGGCUACUACAUAUCUCCUAUGACAUAUGGACAGAAUGCAAUUGCCAUCAAUGAGUUUCUGGAUGAAAGAUGGAGUACUCCCAACAACGACACAAGAUUUUCUGAGCCAACAGUCGGCAAGGUUCUUCUCAAGGCAAGGAGCAUGUAUACAGAAGACUAUGUUUUCUGGCUCUGUGUUGUUGCCCUAUUUGCGUUCUCAUUUUUGUUCAACUUUUGCUUUAUCUUGGCACUGACAUACCUAAACCCAUUUGGAGAUUCUAGAUCAGUUAUUUCAGAUGAUGACAAAAGUAAGAAAAAGAAGCGAACAGAGUGCAGUUCAGCAUCUUCAGCUCCAAUGACUGAAGGUAUACUUAUGGACGUAAGGAACACUAACAGCUCAAGUACUGAAGACGCCAAGAAAAGAGGAAUGGUGCUUCCUUUCCAGCCACUGUCCCUUGCAUUUAAUCAUAUCAAUUAUUAUGUCGAUAUGCCAGCUGAAAUGAAAGCCCAAGGAGUUGACGAGACUCGUCUCCAAUUGUUACGAGAUGUUAGUGGUGCUUUCAGGCCCGGAGUUCUUACGGCCUUAGUUGGUGUGAGUGGUGCUGGAAAGACCACGUUGAUGGAUGUCUUAGCAGGACGAAAAACAGAAGGCUACAUUGAAGGAAGCAUCAAUAUUUCUGGUUAUCCAAAGAAUCAAUCAACUUUUGCUCGCAUAAGUGGUUAUUGUGAACAGAAUGACAUUCAUUCUCCGCAUGUUACUGUUUAUGAGUCAUUGGUAUACUCAGCUUGGUUGCGCCUCUCCCCAGAUGUAAAAGAAUAUACACGGAAGAAUUUUGUCGAGGAAGUAAUGGAGCUAGUCGAGUUGAAUCCUCUGAGGGACUCCCUAGUUGGCCUUCCAGGUGUAGAUGGUCUCUCAACUGAACAGAGAAAGAGGCUGACCAUAGCUGUAGAGCUGGUGGCAAAUCCAUCUAUUAUUUUCAUGGAUGAACCGACAUCAGGACUUGAUGCUAGAGCUGCAGCAAUAGUGAUGCGAACUGUAAGGAACACUGUGGAUACAGGGAGAACUGUUGUCUGCACCAUCCACCAGCCAAGCAUAGAUAUCUUUGAAGCAUUUGAUGAGCUGUUUUUGAUGAAAAGAGGAGGACAAGUCAUAUAUGCAGGGCCUCUUGGCCAUCAUUCUCACCUACUGAUUCAGUAUUUUCAAUCUGUUCCAGGGGUUCCUGGAAUCAAAGAGGGAUUCAAUCCUGCUACUUGGAUGCUGGACAUCUCGGCUCCGGCUGUUGAGGCUCAACUUCAAGUAGACUUCGCCGACAUUUAUGCCACCUCUGAGUUGUAUAGGAGGAAUCAAGAACUUAUCAAAGAACUAAGCAUCCCUGCACCUGGAUCCCAAGAUAUUGAUUUCCCCACAGAAUAUGCCCAACCAUUUUUUGAACAGUGCAAGGCUUGCUUUUGGAAACAACACUUGUCCUAUUGGAGGCAUCCACAGUAUAAUGCCAUUCGGUUUGCUAUGACAACAAUAAUAGGAGUAAUAUUCGGAAUCAUUUUUUGGAAUAAGGGGAACCAACUGUCCAAACUACAAGACCUAUUAAAUAUAGUUGGAGCUAUGUAUGCUGCUGUCAUGUUCCUAGGUGGAACUAAUACUUCAGCUGUACAGUCUAUUGUUUCUGUAGAGAGGACAGUCUUUUAUAGAGAAAAAGCAGCAGGAAUGUAUUCUGCACUCCCUUAUGCAUUUGCUCAGGUGGCCAUAGAGACUAUCUAUGUCGCGAUUCAAACAUUAAUUUACAGCCUUGUUCUGUACGCAAUGAUUGGAUUCCACUGGACCGCUGGAAAGUUCUUUUUGUUUUAUUUUUUUGUUUUCAUGUGCUUCGUAUACUUCACGAUGUAUGGAAUGAUGCUUGUUGCACUCACUCCAAACUACCACAUUGCUGCAAUCGUAAUGUCUUUCUUCCUCAGCUUUUGGAACUUGUUCUCCGGUUUCCUCAUUCCAAGAACGCAAAUUCCUAUAUGGUGGAGGUGGUAUUAUUGGGCUUCUCCAGUGUCAUGGACAAUAUACGGCCUCGUAACGUCUCAAGUAGGCGACAAAGAAAAUCUUGUUGAGAUACCAGGAGGUGGUGAGGUACCAUUAAAUUUGUAUUUGAAGGAAAGCUUUGGUUUUGAGUAUGACUUCCUGGGAGUAGUUGCUGCAGCGCAUGUUGCUUGGGCAAUUUUCUUCUGCUUUAUUUUUGCUUAUGCCAUCAAGUUCUUGAAUUUCCAAAGGAGAUAAGUGAAACUUGAAGUCAGAAUAGAAAGUUUAGCCUACACAUAGAAAUGUGCAUGAGCUAGGCAAAGAGAAUUGUUUUUGGAGAACUAUAGCUCCUACUGACCAGCUGGAAGUUAUUGAAUCCCAACAAUAUUUUCUAUAUAAAAAGAAUCCAGAAAGCCUUAAAGGAUAGGCCGACAUUCUCGCUUUCACUUCGUCCAUCACCUCUUGCGCGGAGGCUUCUCUAUAAAGGCGGAACGUUCCCCUACCGAUGUAUUUCCUCAAAAGAAUUCAGAAUUUUUGCUCAGUGAGCUCAUAUCAAGGUUGUACAUAAAUUAUUCUUUUUUGUGUGUCCAGUUUUUAUUUUCUGUGUAAAUUCCUCUACAAGAAUUAUUUUUGUGAACUAUUGUGAUGAUUGUAUAACUCCGCCAUGGGAUGUUCGCAAAGAAUAA